CGCGGCAGAGCGACCAUGUCGAGCCGCGGGAAACAGGGUGGGAAAACCCGCGCUAAAGCUAAGUCGCGGUCGUCCCGCGCUGGUCUCCAGUUCCCUGUUGGGCGUGUUCAUCGUCUCCUUCGCAAGGGGAACUACGCGGAGCGGGUGGGCGCCGGCGCUCCGGUGUAUUUAGCCGCCGUUAUGGAGUAUCUGACGGCCGAGAUCCUGGAGCUGGCGGGGAAUGCGGCUCGGGAUAACAAGAAGACGCGGAUCAUCCCCCGGCACUUGCAGUUGGCAGUGCGUAACGAUGAGGAGCUCAACAAGCUGCUGGGCGGUGUCACGAUCGCCCAGGGCGGCGUCUUGCCCAACAUCCAGGCGGUGCUGUUGCCUAAGAAGAGUGACAGCCACAAGGCCAAGGGCAAGUGAGGGGCGGGCGGGGAGCCUCGAGGGGUUUUAUCCCGGUUUGUGGCUUCAUUUCUCCUUUCUAUAACCCAAAGGCUCUUUUCAGAGCCACC